AUGUCCCGCUCGCCCUCGAGUGCAGGACGGGGCACCUCCCCAUCACCCAAGUGGGAUCAGGACGGUGAGAGCGAAGUUGAUGAUACAGAUACCCCGCUUGCCAGGGCCGACAGCGUCAAGGCGGACGCCAUGGACGACGACGACGACAUGGACGCUCUCAAGCAGGGGGAGCCCGUGCAGGACGCCUCCUUCGCCAAGUCCGACGCCCGCCCCUCGCGCACACCGCCUCUCUCCUCGCGGGGCAAGACCAAGCCCGAGCCCGCAGGGCCCCAGCUCAUCGGCCACCUCCCGCAUGCGGAGCGUGAGGCCCUGCAGACCUUUGUCGAGCUCCCCGGGAACCACUAUCAGUACGGGACGCUCGGCCGCUCGCGCGAAGCCCUCGAGAGCAUGACGUGCGACUGCCAGUACGACCACGGCGUGGACCGCCCCUCUGAUGCGUGCGGGUACGGCUCCGACUGCAUCAACCGCCUCACCCAGGUGGAAUGCCUCCCUGACGACUGCCGCUGUCGGUCAUACUGCCAAAACCAGCGGCUCCAGCGCCAGGAAUACGCCCCGAUAGACAUCGUACUGACGGAGAAGAAGGGCUUCGGCCUGCGCGCAGGCGAGGACCUUAUCAAAGACACAUUUAUUUAUGAGUAUAUCGGCGACGUCGUCAGCCAGCCCUCCUUCCUCAAGCGCAUGCGCCAAUAUGCCGAAGAAGGCAUUCGCCACUUUUACUUCAUGAUGCUCCAGAAAGACGAGUUCAUCGAUGCGACGAAGCGCGGCGGGAUCGGGCGCUUCGCGAACCACAGCUGCAGCCCAAACUGCUACGUCGCCAAAUGGACAGUAGGUGCCCACGUCCGGAUGGGUAUCUUCGCGAGCAGGAAUAUCAAGAAGGAUGAGGAGCUGACCUUCAACUACAACGUCGACCGAUAUGGACAUGAUGCGCAACCAUGCUACUGCGGCGAGCCGAACUGCGUCGGCUUCAUCGGCGGGAAGACACAGACUGACAUCGCAGCGAUGGACGAUCUGUAUCUGGACGCCCUCGGCAUAUCCGAAGAGGUGGCCGUCCUGGGCCUCAAGGGCAGCAAGAAGAGGAAGAGCAAGAAGCUCGACGAGGACUUUAUCCCCACGCUAAAGCCGCUGCAGGAGAAGGACGUGCCGAAGGUGGUGCAGGCGAUGCGCCAGACGCAGAGCCGCAAGGUGCUUUUCAAGCUGCUCACGCGCGUCAAGCUCACGGAGGACCAGUCCCCGCUGCGCCAGCUCAUGCGGUUGCGCGGGUUCAGCGUGAUGACGAACAUCCUCGAGGACUACAGCACCGACCUGGAGAUGCUCACCUUGGCGGUCGAGUGUAUGAUGACCUGGCCGCUGAUCCAGCGGAACAAGGUCGAGGACUCCAAGGUAAAUGUGCCCGUGCAGGCGUGCGCGCAGUCGGAGAACGCGGUGCUCGCGGAGCUGGCGAAGAAGCUACUAGCCCAGUGGGACACGCUCGAAUACGCGUACCGCAUCCCAAAGCGACUGAAAGGGGAGGACGACGAGGCCUCCCCACCACCCGUCAUUGUUCUCGCGGCAGACGACGGCGAGGACACGCGUGCGGCAAAGCGGUUCAAGGCGGAGCCAUUCGACGCGCUGCUCGAGGACGCCAGCCUCCACAUCAGGCCGCUCGGGCGUACAGCGGUGUAUACCAAGCCUGUGCACCACAUCGAAGAAGUUUUCGAUGGUAACGCGGGGGCCGUGGCGCGGCCCACCGGGCCCUCGCGGGCGGACAUCGCUGCGAUCAUCGCUGCGGCAUCUGCCGCUGCCGCCGCUGCUUCGGCGUCGGCGAGCCAGACACCCGCAGAGACGAGCGACGCCGGUGCGCGCAAACGGCACCGGCACGCGCACAGGAAGGAGAGUUCGGAGGAGAAGGAGGCAAACAAGGAGAAGCGGCUGCUGAAGCUGGUCGGUGCGGUGGUGGUGAAGUGCAUGUCCAAGUACCAGAAACAGAUGGACCAUGACGUAUUCAAGAAGCACGCGAAGGAGCUGACGCACCUGAUUGCUGAGAAGGAGAAGAAGUCCUCGAGCUACAAGGAGGGUCGGCUGGACGCGCUGUCGGAGGAGAAAACGACCAAGAUCAAGAAGUUCGCGAAGGAGUACAUCGCCAAAAUCCUGCGAAAGCUGGAGAAGGCAGGGCAACGGCGCAAGCCGCCGUCGACAUCGGACGGGACGAACGGGGCGUCGGUGUCCACGUCUACGCCGGACACGCACGACGACCUGGAGGACGGGGACGAGGGCGUGCACAUGACUGUGGAGGAGGCGAUGGACCUGGACGAGGACGACGGUGAUGGCGAUGGCGAUGGAGAAUCCCAUGAGACGCCACCCAGCUCGACGAGCCCGGAGGAGCAGAUGCGCGGGCGCAAGGGCGAGGACAGGCCGGCAGCGAUUGGGGUGAGCGACCCGCGGCUGCGGCAUCGGAACGAGGAAUGCGGGUGGGACCCACAUCAGGAGAAGGUGGAGGUGUUACAGGGAUUCGGGACGGUGCUGGUGAGACUGUAG